AUGCAAGAAAACAAGACGAAACCCGCAGAAGAGACAAAACAGCCAGAGCCCACUGGGGUAGGGAAAAGGGAAAAGGGGUAUGGAUAUAGAAAACACCCCAUUCCGAAGACCUCAAGGGGAUACUCAGACACGGUUCUGCUGCUGUUUGUUGCUGUUUGCCACCGCCACUGCUGCCACUGCUACCAAAGACAAUGA